AUGUUGCAAACUACUGUUUGGUUGGUCUCUCUGUUUGCUGUGGCAAACGCAGGGGAAACUGUCAAACCCACCACAGCCCCCGCAAACUGUCAACAAGCAUGUGCCCGACUGUCCACGAUCUUCGGAUCUGCGGUCCACUACCCUGAUGAUGAUGAUAAUUUCAUCAUCUGGGAUGCGAAGCAGCAGGAGAUUCACCCAUCUUGUCGCAUUGAGCCUAGCAGUGCCUCUGAUGUGGCCAAAUUAUUGAACGUCCUCGUUGACCACUGGUGCUACUUUUCAGUGAAAGGUGGCGGCCACUCUAGGAAUUCGGGAGACUCUAAUUCUGAUGGUGGUGUUACUGUGGACCUGGACCUCUUGACACAGGUUGAGGUCCUAGAAAAUGGCAGCAAGGCACGUGUUGGUGGUGGUACAACUAGCAUUCAAGUGUAUCGUGCCCUGGAAUCUCAGAAUUUGUCCUAUGUCGGCGGGAGAGUGGCCAGUGUGGGUAUGGGUGGAUUUACACUCGGUGGAGGAACAUCCCCAUUCUCGAACAAGUACGGAUGGGCGUUGGACAAUGUCUUCGAAUAUGAGGUUGUCCUUGCCAAUGGUACAAUUACCACCGCCUCCGAGACUCAUAAUCAAGAUCUCUAUUUCGCUCUCCGUGGGGGAGGCAACAACUUCGCCAUUGUUACAGCCUUCACGAUCCGCACAUUUUCCCAAGGCCCUGUCUUCACCGGGCAGACAUCCUACUCUCCGAAUCAGACGGAGCAAGUUCUCGACAAAGUCUACGACUUAUUCACAGAUAGGGCUCUUACCAGUGACGAGGAAAUGGGUUAUGACCUAUACUAUAGCUACGCCUCAGGCAGUGAAGACUUCACCUUGAUGGGCACACAGCGCUACGGGAAGGCAAUUCAGAAUCCCCUGGUCUUCCGCGAAAUUGAUCAAAUCCCUACAUUGAGCAGGACUACAGCCAUAAGACCCAUGAGCGCGGUGUCGAACGGAUCUAUCGCAAUGGGUACGACUCGAAACUUAUUUGCUACACUGACCGUGUCCCCGUCUCGCUCCCUGCUCUCACAGGGCCUCGAAGUCUUCCGGCAAGAGGUGGAUGCUAUUAAGGCCGUGCCCGGCAUAAGGACCAACUUCAUCUGCUAUCCGAUGCAAAGGAAUGCCAUCGCAGCCAUGAAGCAAAGAGGCGGUAAUGCUCUGGGCAUCGAUCUUGAGCGUGAUGAACCUCUUUUCAUUAUUUUGCUCUCCACAGCCUGGACAGAUGCAACUGAUGAUAUUGCCAUUAACAAGAUGACCACGAACGCCAUUCGCAGGAUUGAGUUGGCAGCCCAGAAUCUGGGUGUUGCGAACCGGUAUAAGUAUAUCAACUACGCAUCGGCUCAGCAAGCCAGGGAGGUGUUCUCCGGCUAUGGCGAAGACAACUUGCAAAGGCUAAAGGAGAUCCAAAAGGCAGUGGAUCCUCGUGGAAUCUUCACCUCCAAGGGUCUGUGGACCGGAUUUGUGAAACUGCUUUAG